UGCUCGUGGUAGCGGGCAGCGCAUGCGCAGCUCUUCAACGGCGCGGCUUGCCGCAAAAAUGGAGUAUCCUGCGCCCGAUGCUCCGGUGGCUGCGGACCCUGGAGGAGCCGGACCGUACGAGAUCCCCGAGGAGCCGGAGGGUCGGGAACCGGACGGAGUGCGCUUCGACCGCGAGAGGGCGCGCCGCCUGUGGGAAGCCGCGUCCGGUGCGCAGCCGGCGGGGAGGGAGGAAGUGGAACACAUGAUCCAGAAGAACCAGUGUCUCUUCACUAGCACCCAGUGUAAAGUUUGCUGCGCCAUGCUCAUUUCCGAGUCUCAGAAGCUGGCACAUUACCAGAGCAAAAAACAUGCCAACAAAGUGAAGAGAUACCUAGCAAUCCAUGGACUGGAGACGCUAAAGGGGGACUUGAAGAGGCUAGACUCAGAUCAGAAGAGCAGCAGAAGCAAAGACAAGAACCACUGCUGCCCCAUCUGUAACAUGACCUUUUCCUCCCCUGUUGUGGCACAGUCGCACUACCUGGGGAAGACCCACGCAAAGAACUUAAGGCUGAAGCAGCAAUCCACUAAGGGGGCAGCUUUGUCGAAACACCUUACAAAUCCUUUCCUUGUGGCCUCCACCUUAGCCUUGCAGCAGAAUAGAGAGAUGCUAGACCCAGACAAGUUCUGCAGCCUCUGCCAUUCAACAUUCAACGACCCUGCCAUGGCUCAGCAACACUAUACGGGCAAGAGACACAGGAAGCAGGAGACUAAGCUCAAACUCAUGGCACACUAUGGGCGGCUGGCGGACCCUGCUGUCUCUGACUCACCAGCUGGGAAGGGCUAUCCCUGCAAGACGUGUAAAAUAGUGCUGAACUCCAUAGAGCAGUACCAAGCUCACGUCAGUGGCUUCAAACACAAAAACCAGUCACCCAAAACUUUGGUGACGCUCGGGAGCCAGAUGCCAGUGCAAACACAACCCACUCCAAAGGACUCGAGCACAGUGGAAGGCUAGCGCUUCGCUGCCUGGUCAGCCUUGGAAGACUAGAGCUGUCUCUGCCUGGUCAGCCUUGGGAGACUAGAGCUGUCUCUGCCUGGUCAGCCUUGGGAGACUAGAGCUGUCUCUGCCUGGUCAGCCUUGGAAGACUAGAGCUGUCUCUGCCUGCUCAGCCUUGGGAGACUAGAGCUGUCUCUGCCUGCUCAGCCUUGGGAGACUAGAGCUGUCUCUGCCUGCUCAGCCUUGGGACAUCCACAAGCCAGUUUCUGGUGACUAUGGUUAGCCCAUGGCUCCGUCCUCCUCUUUUCUCAGAAGAAUAUGGAGGCAUGAGGCCAACUUGGGCUGCAGAUCUGCAGAGAAUCUCUGGCAGCCGAGAUGCAGCUCCUGCUGCUGCUCCUCUUUAGCAUGGCCCUAUAGGUCAUGGCAGGAGACAGAGCUCUGAGAAGACCUGAAGUGGUGGUUUAGAGGUUGGCCUUCCCCGCCCCUCUGAGUGUGUGUCCUACAGUCCCAAUGUCUGUUUUCACUCUCAAGGUCCUGAAGAGAAGCCAUUAUCUCUGGGCUUGAGGCAGCUUGGUGUAGAAACUUGGAGCUAAUGUAUCAUUCCCUGUCCCUCAAGUGUGCAGGCUUGGUAUAGAUCCUGCCAACCAUGAAGUCUCCUGGAACACAUAGUCUGGGCAGAGCACUGCCAUCUCUGCACCCGUCUCUCCAGUUCCCAAGUGGUGCUAGGCAUCUACAGCAGCUAGGAGUUUGAGACCCGAGUACCCAGUGGGAUCCUGGGAAGCAGCAAAGGGGGCCUUUGUCCAGAGGUGCUCCAACCCAGGUCGUGUGAGAAACUCUCCCACAUGCUAUGUUCCUUGAUUCCAUGCCCUUAUAGGCAACUGCCUCCUGCCAGCCUGCUAACAGGUCACUUAGUGUUAGCUCUAGGCCCUGGUGCAGUGCGCUACCCCACCCAGUCUGCUGUGGUGCUACCCUCCACCCCCCCACCCCCAACCCCCCGUGGUCAUCAAGAAGAUUCUGGGGGAACUGAAAAGGAAUGUAGGACUGGUGCAGGUUCUACAGUAAGCAAAAGGAUCACCAGACCCUGAACUGAGAGAUUCCUCCUGGGUUUGUGUCCUGGGAAUCCACUGCAGAGGGUUGUACAUGACUGUGGAGCAGGGCAUCCAGGAAGAGUCCCUAGAGCUUGUAGAGAUGAAAAGGUUUCCUUGUUAGUACAGGUGGGUACCGUGUAGGGAUGGGGCAGACUGUAACCUCAGCCCUGGGGUCUACAGCCAUGUUGAUACUGCCGUGGCAUCCCCACACAGACAGCCCCCAGUGUCCUCAAAAAAGAUCUCACGCAGGAAAAGUCUCCCUGACGCCCUAAGCCCAACCCAGUUCAUUCCGUCAGCUAUCGGAUUUAUUCUUGAGAUAGUCACUCUGGCUACUGAGUGGAGGACUGCAGAUGGCCAGCAUGGAAACUGUGUCCGUAAGGCUGUUUGUCUCCAGGGCAAUCCCUUCAGGGUAGAUGUCCACUGACCUCAUGUCCAGGAUGCUGUGUCUUAAGUUCUGGAUAUGUGAGUGAUUGGGUGGCAGUGCUUAAAGACAGGUGUCCUUCCUUUCCCACUCCGCUUAAAGAGCUGAAUGCAUUUCCACGAAGUUCUCCUAGGCCAGCCGGUCCUUGGGAGAAACUUUUCUUUGACUCAGAAAUGACCAGGCAGAGAACAUUAUAGCUUGCAAACUGAUGCGGAUGGCCAGGCCAAGCACCAUUUGCCCCAUUCCUUGCAGCACACUGCUCUGGGCACUUGCUCCUAGCUCCUGACUUAAGCUCUUGACUCCUGGGGUAGGUUCUCUGCUUUCAGCUUCCCAGCUGUAGGCCACCUCAUCAGUCUUCCUAGAAUUCCAUGCAGCAUGGUGUGUCAGAAUUAGUAUGAGGUAGGGAACUGAAGGGUGAGGACGUGAAUGGUUUGACUAACCAUUUAGCCCUUGUCUUGGAAGACCUCUCUGUUUCUGUAGAGUCUCCACCCGCUGCAUGUCUAGCACUGCGGGUGGAAACCCUAGAAGUAGCUCGCUGUUGCCCUUUGGAAGUUCGCACACUUGAAAAUCAGGAUUUGGAGAGUCUCAGUGGGCCUGUGGGAGUGUCCAAGACGCAAACACUAACCACAUGGAGUAGGAGGUUGAGAGAGAAACCUGGUCUCUGCCUUUGGGGGUUUUGUUUUCUAGUUUGUUUCGUGUGGCCCAGGCUGGCCUCAGACUUGUUAUUGAGCAGGCUAGCCUUGAACUGCUUGCUGAUCCUCCCAGCUCUGCCUCUCUGGUUCUGGGAUGACAGGCAUGGGCUACCACAUCUGUUCUUAUCCAUGUUAUUGUGGGUUUGAUUGCUUGGUUUGGUUUGGUUUUUCAGGACAGGGUCUCAGUAUGCAGCUCUGGCUGUUCUGGAACUCCCUCUGUAGGCCUUCAACUCAGAGAUCCGCCUGCCUCCCCUUCCCAAGUGCUGGGAUUAAAGACGUGUGCCUGGCUCAAAGGGUUUUUAUACUAUCUAGUAGUCCUAUUUGGAUCAGUCACAAACUAACUUUGUACCGUUGAGCAAUUGUGUUGUUUCUCCUUGACAUUAUCUCGAAUAAAGUUGUAAAAACUGUCA